UAUAUUUUGAGGGAGAAAAAAAUGGCGACGCACUACAGUAGAUCAUGCUUGCAGUAUUUGUUUCAUCUUGCUCACGAUCAUCUUGAUUUUAGGCUACCGGAAAUCAAGGCGCUGCUCUCUUUAAGAGGAAAACCUUUUCAUCCAGGGGAACACUUCAAAGAAAAGUCUCCCUUCUGGCUGCUCGAUGGUUUAUCAGAAGAGGAUGUCCAUAACAUCAUGGGCAGAUCAGUGUGUGCCAAGUCUGCAUUUGAACUGUGGGGGCAUGGAAAAACACAGAGUGAACUUAAGAUGUCUCUCCUGCAAUAUCCAACAGAGGACAUGACACCCUUCCUACAGAAGAGUUCAACAUAUAAAAUCAAUGUGUACACCUUCAACAAGACUCUGGAGUUCCAGGACAGGAUUAAAAAGAUAGAUGCACUGGAACAUCUUCCCUUUCAGGGCAGUGUCAGUCUGAAGAACCCACAACAGAUCUUCUGUCUGCUGGAGGACUAUGGUACAGACCCCAACAACAUCCCAGAAGAGCCCUUCCACAUCUACUUUGGAAGAUGGAUUGCUGAUGGUCAGAGGGAGCUUAUACGGUCCCACAGUGUGAAGAACAGGCACUUCAUCGGCAAUACCAGCAUGGACGCCGGCCUGUCCUUCAUCAUGGCUAACCAUGCCAAGGUCAAAGAGCAUGACCUCGUCUAUGACCCUUUCGUUGGGACAGGAAGCCUGCUAGUUGCUUGCUCUCAGUUCGGUGCCUAUGUAUGUGGAACAGAUAUCGAUUACAACACUAUCCAUGGUAUAGGCAAGGCAAGUCGUAAAAACCAAAAGUGGCGAGGCCCCGAUGAGAACAUCCGAGCCAACCUGCGCCAGUAUGGCACGGAGAGGCUGUACGUGGACGUGCUGGUGUCUGACGCCGCCAAGUCUGUCUGGAGGCACGCGCUCCUGUUCGACGCCAUCAUCACAGACCCCCCCUAUGGGAUUCGCGAAUCCACCAGGAGGACAGGAUCUCAGAAGGACUCCUCCAAACCCAGUGAAGACUUCUUUGGAGAGAGCCACGUCCCUGUAUCCAUGGCUUACCACUUGAGUGACAUCUUCACCGACCUAUUGAACUUUGCUGUUCACCACUUGGUUUUGGGCGGUAGACUUGUUUAUUGGUUGCCGAUCUACAGACCAGAGUACUGUGAGGAGAUGGUCCCCCUGCAUCCCUGCCUCCAGCUGACCAGUAACUGUGAACAGACCCUUUCUAGCCACACCUCCCGACGACUCAUCACCAUGGAGAAGAUCAAGGAGCCGGAGAAACGGAGAUAACGACCCCUGCUUGACAUCAUACCUGCUCUGUGCCUCGUCUGUGCAAUUCCUGUCAGCCCCUGCUCGACCCAAGCCUGUGACCCGACCACCCUUUGGAUUUGGCUGCCUUGCUGUUUGCCUGUUGCCGACCUGUGCCUGUCUGACUACUCUGUACUCUCAUUAAAAGCCCGCACUUGGAUUGCUACCACUUCUCCUGAGUUCGAUCAUUACAGCCCGACACAAGGUCAAGGUCCAGCAGGGUGAAAAUUUGAAUUUGUCAUCGGAUCAAACCAAAUAUAUAAUUGCAUAGGUUUUGAUUAGUAGAGUAACACAAUGUCAUUCUGAAGGCUCUACUUGGUUCCUGAUGUGAAAUAUUGACAUCUGAACUUUUACCCAAAAAUGUGGUAUUGUAGGUGGCACUGUUGAUCCCCUGUUGGUACUAGGGUUAUGAUAUUGAACAAUUGUGUAUAACUAACCCCACAUAUUCACUGUACCAAGCCAUGACUAUGUACAAUAAAAGGAACUCAAAACCCUAA